AUGACUUACUCGUCUGUCGCAGUGCGAUACUUCACGGCUCCAAAGCCGUUGGGUUUUACCAUGGAUUCUCCUCGUUCGCAGCCCGCUGUUGAAGCCAAGAUCAAGCCCACAUCUAUAGAUGGAGGGUUGGCUGAAAACAUUUCUAAAAAGGACGGGUUGACCUUUGCGAACCAGGAUUCUCUACCCAAGCUUCCUAUUCCGGACCUUGAAAACACAUGUCAGAAGUAUCUCGAUGCUCUCUCUCCGCUACAGACAAUGCGCGAGCAAGAAGAAACAAGGGCCUCCGUACGUGACUUCCUCAAAACCGAUGGUCCUAUACUUCAAGAGAGGCUUCAAAAGUACGCAUCAUCCAAAACAAGUUACAUCGAGCAGUUUUGGUAUGACUCUUACUUGAACUAUGAUAGCCCCGUGGUCCUCAACCUCAACCCCUUUUUCUUGUUGGAAGAUGACCCAACUCCUGCAAGGAACAACCAAGUGACAAGGGCAGCCUCGCUUGCCGUCUCGGCCUUGUCAUUCGUGCGUGCGGUCAGACGUGAGGAGUUACCCCCGGAUACUGUCCGCGGAACGCCACUAUGCAUGUACCAAUACUCUCGACUAUUCGGAACCGCACGUGUACCGACAGAUAACGGAUGUGUCAUCAGCCAGGAUCCUAACGCGAAGCAUAUAGCUGUCAUGUGCCGUGGUCAGUUCUAUUGGUUUGAUGUACUCGAUGAAAAUCACGAUCACAUCAUGACAGAGAAAGACAUAGCAAUGAAUCUUGAAGUGAUCAUUGCGGAUGCAGAGCAAACUCCAAUUCACGAUGCCGCAAAAGGCGCUCUCGGCGUUCUCAGUACCGAAAACCGUAAGGUCUGGUCAGGAUUGAGGGAUAUUUUGACCAAAGACGAGAAUUCCAACAAUGCGGAAUGCCUUAAUAUCGUCGAUACUGCUUUGUUUGUUCUAUGCCUGGACGGCACCGAGCCAAGCAACACAUCUAAGCUCUGUGCAAAUAUGCUGUGCGGAACCAGCGAGGUGAUCAAAGGCGUGCAGGUGGGUACCUGCACAAACCGGUGGUACGACAAGCUUCAGAUCAUCGUGUGUAAGAACGGUAGCGCGGGAAUCAACUUCGAACAUACUGGCGUGGAUGGACAUACAGUGCUUCGAUUCGCCAGUGAUGUGUACACGGACACCAUUCUUCGUUUCGCGCGAACUAUUAACGGUCAAGCUCCAAGUCUCUGGAAAACCAGUAGCCCAGAUCCAUCCAAACGAGACCCACGCAGCUUUGGCAACGUAAGCCCAACGCCCCGGAAACUUGAGUGGGAUAUGGCACCUGAGUUGAGCAUUGCGAUCCGUUUCGCGGAAUCACACCUUUCCGAUCUCCUCCAACAGCACGAAUUCCAAGUGCUUGACUUUCGAGGUUAUGGCAAAACCUUCAUCACAUCUAUGGGAUUUUCGCCCGAUGCUUUCGUCCAAAUGGCGUUCCAGGCAGCUUACUACGGCCUCUAUGGACAUGUGGUGAACACCUAUGAACCCGCGAUGACCAAGGCCUUCCUUCACGGCCGGACUGAAGCAAUCCGAACCGUCACUAACGAAUCCGUCGAGUUUGUCAAGACCUUCUGGGGCGAUAAUCCGGCCGAAGAAAAAGUGAACUCUCUUCGAAUAGCCACCGAGAAACACACGGCGACAACCAAGGAAUGCUCCAAGGGACACGGGCAGGACCGUCAUUUGUACGCACUCUAUACUUUGUGGCAGCGGUCCUUCGACGAGGUCCCGAUUUCUGGGGACAACAGCGUAGGCGAAGGGUCGAACGGCUACACCAGCCCUGGCGAGAACGGGUCCGUCGGGUCUCCCAGAUCCUUUACCACAUUAUCUGAGGACGGGCUUUCCUCCACAAGCAGCUACGGACUGCGCGGGAUGCGCACCAUGCCCCCAACCCCAGCCAUUUUUAGUGAUCCCGGCUGGGACAAGAUUAACAAUACCAUCCUGUCGACCUCAAAUUGCGGCAACCCGUCGCUGCGACACUUUGGCUUCGGCCCGACGUCCGCAGACGGGUUCGGAAUCGGCUACAUUAUCAAGGACGAAUCGAUUUCGUUCUGUGCAUCGUCCAAGCACCGCCAAACAGCGCGCCUCAUGCAUACGCUGGAGUCUUACCUGCUGGAGAUCCGGAAGCUGCUGCGCGCAACCAACCGCCAGCCAACCAGCCCGCGGACCCGCCGUGCUCGAGAAAUGGACAUGAUCGCGGAGCGGUUCCAGCGUGAUCCUCGGCGGGGUCGGAUCGUGCGAAGUGACACGGGCCAUAUCCGGGGUAUGGAGACACCGACGACAGAUAGUGGGGAAUUGGAUGAUGAUGGUAUGGGCGGAUACGGAUUCUUCGACGCAGGGAUGCUUCUCCAUGCCCUGAAGGGACUAAAUGUGGACCGAGACCGAGCCGGGGACAAACCCGAGAGACGGCGAUUCGUGGGCAAGAAACUGCGGUUAAAUGAAUAUUGA